GGAAGCCGCCGCAGCCGCCAUGCAAAGCGCUGGGCUCUCGCCUAGGGGCACAGUGAAGCUCCUAGUCCUGGGGUCCCACGCGUCCUCCUUUUUCGGUUCCUCUGACGCAUGGGUCUCCAUGGAGACGGCGGGGGCCUGGCCGAGGGGCCGGCAGCCCGAGUGGGGCCACGGCGCUCCAGGGGCCUCCGUGGCGGCGUCGCCGUGUUCGCCGCUGUGGCCGCGGUGUUCACCCUCACGCUGCCCCCGUCGGUGCCGGGGGGCGACUCGGGUAAAGUACUCUCUGGGUCGUCCCUCCUGCCUCGUCGCUGGUCCGCACUGUCCUCACUAGGGGAACUGAUCACAGCCGCACAUGAGCUUGGAGUUGCCCAUCCUCCUGGCUAUCCUUUGUUCACUCUGGUGGCUAAACUGGCAAUUAUACUCUUUCCUUUUGGUUCAGUUGCCUACCGAGUCAAUCUUCUGUGUGGCUUAUUUGGAGCAGUAGCUGCAGCAUUACUUUUUUUCACCGUUUUCAGGCUUUCUGGCUCAUAUGCUGGAGGAAUCCUUGCUGCGGGGGUGUUUUCAUUUUCUCGUCUAACAUGGCAGUGGUCCAUUGCAGCAGAGGUUUUUAGCUUAAACAAUCUGUUUGUGGGGCUGCUUAUGGCUCUUACUGUACAUUUUGAGGAGGCAGCAACUUCACAAGAAAGAUCAAAGAUAGCUAAAAUUGGUGCUUUCUGCUGUGGCCUUAGCCUAUGUAAUCAGCACACAAUUGUACUCUAUGUUUUGUGCAUAAUACCAUGGAUUCUCUUUCGACUUUUAAAAGAGAAGGAACUCUCCCUGGGCUCCUUGUUGAACUUGAGUCUGUUCUUCACUGCUGGUUUGCUGCCCUAUAUUUACCUUCCCAUCUCAUCCUACCUCCAUCAAGCUCGUUGGACCUGGGGAGACCAGACAACAUUGCUAGGAUUUUUGACACAUUUUCUCAGGGAAGAAUAUGGAACGUUCAGUCUGGCCAAAUCUGAAAUAGGAUCCAGUAUGUCUGAAAUAUUGCUAUCUCAAGUGACAAAUAUGAGGACCCAGCUCUCAUUCAACAUUCAAGCCCUUGCAGUUUGGGCAAACAUAUGUUUAGCAAGAAAGGACAGACAGAACCCACCAUUAGCAUGGCUUUUUACUGGAAUGUUUUGCAUUUAUUCAUUGUUCUUUGCUUGGAGGGCAAAUCUAGAUAUUUCAAAACCACUUUUCAUGGGUGUGGUGGAACGAUUUUGGAUGCAGAGCAAUGCAGUGGUGGCUGUCCUCGCUGGCAUCGGUUUGGCUGCACUUGUUUCUGAGAGUAACCGGGUGCUGAACACCAAUGGGCUCCAGUUUCUGGAAUGGCUUUCAGCAACUCUUUUUGUAACUUACCAAAUAUAUUCUAAUUAUAGCAUUUGUGACCAAAGGACCAACUAUGUGAUCGAUAAGUUUGCAAAGAACCUUCUAGCCUCUAUGCCUCAGGGUGCGAUUAUCUUACUCAGAGGAGAUCUGCCAGGGAAUUCUCUCCGAUACCUGCAUUAUUGCGAGGGACUGAGGCCAGAUAUUUCUUUAGUGGAUCAGGAAAUGAUGACUUAUGAGUGGUAUUUACCCAAGAUGGCCAAACAUUUACCAGGUGUCAAGUUUCCUGGGAACCGGUGGAAUCCUGUGGAAGGAAUAUUACCUAGUGGAAUGGUCACAUUUAAUCUUUAUCAUUUUCUUGAAAUAAAUAAACAAAAAGAAACAUUUGUUUGCAUAGGAAUUCAUGAAGGUGACCCAACCUGGAAAAAGAACUAUUCGCUCUGGCCAUGGGGUUCUUGUGACAAAUUAGUUUCUUCGGAGAUUGCAUUCAACCCUGAGGAGUGGAUUAAACUUACGAGAAAUAUCUAUAACUGGACUGAAGAAUAUGGAAGGUUUGAUCCAUCUUCUUGGGAAUCUGUGGCCAAUGAAGAGAUGUGGCAAGCAAGGAUGAAAACUCCGUUCUUCAUCUUUAACCUGGCAGAAACCACAAGUUUGCCUUCAGAUGUGAAAGCUCAGCUCUACACUCACGCAUAUAACCUUUAUAAGGAGAUUGUCUAUUUACGAAAGGAGCACCCAGUGAACUGGCACAAGAACUAUGCCAUCGCCUGUGAGCGGAUGCUGCGCCUUCAGGAAAGCGGUGCAGACCCUGAAGUCUUGUUAUCUGAAACCAUCAGACAUUUCCGUCUCUACACCCAGAAAGCACGGAAUGAUCCACAGCUGGCUGAUAUUUCAGCCGCGCUAAAGCACCUAAGAAAAGAACUGCAAAGUCUGAGAAAUAGGAAAAAUGUCUGAUAUAGCAAACUGUGAAAAACCUGCUCGGUGUUCAGCUUCCAAAAUUCUGAAGUCCAGAACUUUUUCCUCCAAGAAAAGAAAUGGUAUAAAAAAUGGAAGACUCAUCUGUCUCCCAUGUAACACGGUGCAGCAGUACUGUUUCACGGGGGUCUUAAGAAUGGACGUGCUAUUUAUGCAAAUUCUGUUUAGCCCAUGUUACUGAAUUAGCAUUUCAGUGAGAAUAUUGUGAAAAAUCUUCCUGCUUUCACAAUCUCUAGCCAAAUGACUUGCUUGACUAGAUUCUAGAAGAGAAUGAACUAUUUUUAUAUACUUAAAAUAUUGACAUGAAUCUUAAGGGCCCUGCUUAUUGGAAUUGGUAUUGAAGUUAAAUUCUUAAAAUACUAAUACCAGAGCAAAGACAUUCGCUGUUUCCCAGAAGUGAAAUCAUUUUUUUCCAUUUUUUUUUAAGAAUGAAUCUUGUUACACUUCAAGUUAGAAUUUUUUUUUUUUUUAAGUAACUGUGGUUGUUACAUAAUCUCACACUUCAAGCUAAAAACCAACUGGGUGAUCUUUUGAAAGAAGUUGGGGUUUUGUCUUAAAUCAUUCUUCGAAAUCACUAAAAAAUUCAGCUAAUUGUUUGCUUUUUUCAGUUGCUUAAACUGAUUGGCAAGUAAAAAGGAUUUUGUCGUUCCUUAAUUAAUUUUAUAUUCAUGUUUUACUUCUAUUUGGGCUCAUAAAUCUGGGCCCAAUAAUUAGUAGGCUCCUGCUACUAAUGCCAAAAAAAAAAAAAAAAAGCGGGGGUCAGGGGUAGGGAAGUGAUUCAAUAAAUUCAUUUCUGUUACAAGCAUCUUUUAUACAUAUUACUAAAGAGAACAUAGUAAGAAAUGCAAAUAAUAGUUCUUUAUUUUAUUAUGACAGUUAAUUAAUAGCAACCUGUUUUAAUGAAUAAAGUCACUCAGAGUCCUUCAGCACUUCCUAAGUAGAGGCCCGAAUCCGUAGGGAUUCUUUUCCCCCCAAUUGUAUAGCUCCUAGACUCCAAGCACUAUAUAGGCCCCUGUAUAGAAAUGCUCACUAAUGAAGAGGGAGGGCUAGAAGCUUGUCUGCAUUCAAAGAUCACUGGUGAGUCAUUCAGCAAGAAAAGGCCCCUUACCAGGAAUAGUCACAGUUCCGUGGCAUUGUACUAGCGAAAGCGUCUGAUCAAAGGUCUCCUGUGGAGCUUGCAUGGUUCCCUUUCAUACUACGACCAUAAUUAAAACCACUAAUUCUCUUUUAAAAUGCUGCAGGAUGCCAUGUAGGCAUCUGUCUGGAGUGUCCUUUGUGAUGUCAUAAGCUGUUAAGGACCAGUGCCAAGGGCUUUUGAGUGAAAUGCCAGUCAUGAAGGUGCUUCAAGACAAGGGUGCCUCUAAAAGCUUGACAGGGCCUUGACUGCACAAUUCGAGCUGAAUUUGCCCCUUGUCAGCUGCCAGUAAAUAAAUCUCAAAGGGGGAAAAGCUGAAGUUUCAUUACCUGAUCCAUGGGGCUUUGUUGGUUUUGGCAUCACACAGGGGAAGCUCUUGCCCCUCCAUUCUCUGGAUUUGAAGAUGUCCAUUGGAGCCUGCAGUGCCUGGACAGGGUUCAGAGCGGAACCUUUUGAAGAGUGUCAAUAGUUGUAACAGUUCAGCUGUUAGGAAGACAAAUAAAUGGAGGAGCUCAUUAAUCCGCUUUUGGCUCUCAGUGCCUUUUGCCCUUUUAUCACAGCCUUAUUAGGCUCCUACUCAUCUUGAACCAGAAAAAAAUGAAUUGAAGUUGUUGAGUACUAAUUGGCAAAGACUUUUAAUCAUGGGCCAAGAACUUUCACUGACUUGAAAGUAACUUCUCCACAGGGAAGAACCAAAAACCUGGUUUACCUUAAAACAAAAACCUGUUGGAGUUCAGUGUGGUGUAAAAAUUUAAGGAAGCAUCAAUAAAUUGUCUAAGUUGAUCCAUUUGAAA